CUGCCCACAUGUGCCCCCCUUGCGCGUACACACAUCCCUGCCCACAUGCCCGGUACUGGCGGCCAGUGGCGGGAAGUAGGACUGGACAUCGAUGGUCGCUGUUUCCGAAACAUCAAUGUUUUUCUUCCGAUGGUAGUGUUUUACCAUUCGAUGGUGAGCUUCCAAUGUUUGCCACCAUCGAAUGGUGAUCAUUCACUGGUGUUCCGAGGGUUGAUAUUUUUUUUAAUUUUAUUUUUUAUUCCUCAUAGUAUGCUUUCCCUGGCUGCUGUGUCCUCAUCAGUGAAUCUUCCGAAAGGGAUAGGGGGAGGGUUCUAUCAUAGGGGGUUGUGUGUGCAGGUUUCUAUCUUCCCCGAAUCCGGUGCACACACUGUACACAUCCGGUGGCCGCUUUGCACUGCAGCAAUCUCGCGGUGCCUGGCAGGAGCUGGUAUCAUUACCCGGGAAACGGUGUAUGUAACCAGCCCAGUGUAGUCAGUGCGGGCGGGUACCCGGCCACCGACAUUGCGGCGCGAUGUCAGACACAUGGAGCUCCAUCCAGGCUCACAAGAAGCAGCUGGACUAUCUGCGGGAACGGCUGCAGCGGCGGCGGAAGGAUGUCACGACCCAGCUUGCCCUGGAUCUGCAGAACCCGGAGGCCGGCCUGGCUCCAUCCCUCCGCAGUGACAGCCCUGUCCCCUCAGCUCCGGCACAGUCCUCCAAAGGCGGCAGCGGUUCUACCGAGGUGACCCCAGACCCCGAGCUGGAGAAUAAACUCCUGGACCACCUGUCAGACCUGUCCCUGGUGCUGCCGGCGGACUCGGUAUCUAUCCAGCAGGCUAUUACCACGCCAGAUUUUCCUGUGUCGCGCCAAGCUGUUGAAAGCCUUUUACAGAAAUUUGCUGCCCAAGAGCUAAUUGAAGUAAAAGGCUGGGAACAUGAAGAUGAUGACCGACCUACUGUAGUAACUUAUGCUGAUCAUUCUAAACUUUCUGCUAUGAUGGUAGCAGUAACUGAAAGAAAAGGUCCAACCAUUGCAUCAGGGGCCAAGAAGAGAAGAAUUCAGGAAAGUGAACCCUCGUCUAUAUCAUUAGCUGUCUCUGCAGCAGGUACUUCAGGUGAGAAAAAAAUAUCAGAACCCCAAAAGAAGGCACGUAAACAUGCAUCUCAUGUGGACCUGGAAAUAGAAAGCUUGCUGAGUCAACAAUCCACCAAAGAGCAACAAAGCAAAAAGGUAAGUCAAGAGAUCCUAGAGCUUCUAAACACCAGCACAGCCAAGGAGCAGUCCAUUGUGGAGAAAUUCCGAUCCCGUGGGAGGGCUCAGGUCCAAGAGUUUUGUGACUAUGGGACUAAAGAAGAAUGCAUGAGAGGGGCAGGAGCGGACACUCCGUGUCGGAGGCUGCACUUUAGGCGCAUCAUUAAUCUGCAUACUGAUGAGUCUCUCGGUGACUGCUCCUUUCUGAAUACUUGUUUCCACAUGGACACUUGUAAAUAUGUUCAUUAUGAGAUUGAUGCAUGGGUAGAGACUGGAGCGACAGUAGUGGGAUUGGAAUCUACUCCUGGCCAAGAAAUGCCCCUAGUUAAAGGAGUUGGAGACCCAAGUGUAGGACGUCUUUUCCCCCCACAGUGGAUCCGUUGUGAUAUACGAUAUUUGGACGUGAGCAUCUUGGGCAAGUUCUCAGUGGUAAUGGCUGACCCACCAUGGGAUAUUCACAUGGAGCUGCCCUAUGGGACAUUGACUGAUGAUGAAAUGAGGAAACUGCAGAUCCCAGUACUGCAGGAUGAUGGAUUUCUCUUCCUCUGGGUCACUGGAAGGGCUAUGGAACUGGGCCGGGAAUGCUUGAAGCUGUGGGGAUAUGAGCGAGUGGAUGAAAUUAUUUGGGUAAAAACCAAUCAGUUGCAGCGAAUUAUACGGACUGGGCGUACUGGCCAUUGGCUUAAUCAUGGCAAGGAGCACUGCUUGGUUGGUGUUAAAGGAAACCCUCAGGGUUUUAAUCGAGGUCUGGACUGUGACGUAAUUGUGGCAGAGGUCCGUUCUACAAGUCACAAGCCUGAUGAGAUCUAUGGGAUGAUUGAACGUCUCUCUCCUGGCACCCGCAAGAUUGAACUUUUUGGACGCCCACACAAUGUGCAGCCAAACUGGAUCACAUUAGGAAAUCAGCUAGAUGGGAUUCAUUUAUUAGAUCCAGAUGUGGUCGCUCGAUUUAAGCAACAGUAUCCAGAUGGAGUUAUUUCAAAACCGAAGAACAUGUGAACACCUUUUAUCCAAAUGGACAUGAAGAAUGUUUUGUUUAUGUUUGUUUUUUUCAAAGGAAUUUGGUUAUGAAUUGUAAAUAGUAAUUUUAUGGUAUUGUUUCUAUUUGCUAAUGUAUUCAAAAAAAUAAAACCUGAAUGAAAAAAUCAAGAAACCAUGUUUCCCUUCACAUUA